GCAAUAUGAAAAUGAGUUUGACUAGUUUGAUUGUUCCAAUAAUUUUGGAAAUAACAUUUGCUAAUUAAACAUAAAAAAUAAAAUAAAAAUAAAACCAUUCUCAUUUCUAAUUAUUAUAAACCUAAAAUAAACUUGCUCUGUAGAAAUUCAACCCCAGUGGAGAAGAAGAGACUUGUAAAGCAAGCAUUCAUGAAAUUUGUUUUCAGUUUUGAUAGGCCAGUGGGUGCACCAACUCUUUAGGGUUGAACUAAGUUUUUUUUUUUUUUUAGAAUCAGACCAUCUUGCUUAAUCAAAACCUAAUCUGCCAACCUCAUAACAACCAUCUCUCUCUUUUCUUGCCCCAUAAAAGCACCCUCUCUUCCCCUCUACACACACCCACUCUCAGUCUCUUAAUCACAACCAUUACCACCCAAACCAUCAUUCAACAAAGUCUUGACACACCAAGUAAAUGAUCAUCAACAUGGAAGCUUUCAACACCAUACACAAAACUUGGUGCUCCUUCCUCCUCUUGGGACUCCUGCUUCUACUUGCUAAUGUCGCACCGCUAGCGAAUGCAAAAACUCACUAUCAUGGUUUUGUUGUUCAAGCAACAAAAGUGAAGAGGCUAUGCAAAACCCACAACAGCAUCACAGUGAAUGGACAAUUUCCAGGACCAACAUUGGAAGUGAAUAAUGGAGACUCUCUAGUGGUCAAGGUCGUCAACAGAGCUCGAUACAAUGUCACUAUUCACUGGCAUGGAAUUCGACAGAUGAGAACAGCGUGGGCAGACGGCCCAGAAUUCAUAACCCAAUGCCCGAUUAGACCAGGAGGGAGUUACACCUACCGAUUCACAAUUGAUGGACAAGAAGGGACACUAUGGUGGCAUGCCCAUAGCUCCUGGCUCAGAGCCACUGUUUAUGGAGCUCUGAUUAUUCACCCUAAAGAAGGAUCUUCCUACCCACACACAAAGCCAAAACGUGAAACACCCAUUCUUCUUGGUGAAUGGUGGGAUUCAAACCCUAUUGAUGUUGUGAAUGAGGCCAGAAGAACAGGAGCAUCUCCAAACGUGUCUGAUGCAUACACCAUCAAUGGCCAACCUGGUGAUCUCUACAAAUGCUCCAGCAAAGACACAGUGAUAGUUCCAGUGGACUCCGGCGAGACCAACCUGCUUCGAGUCAUCAAUGCUGCACUCAAUCAACAGCUUUUCUUCACGGUUGCCAACCACAAGCUCACAGUAGUUGGAGCUGAUGCUUCUUAUCUUAAACCCUUCACUACCUCAGUUAUCAUGUUGGGGCCUGGACAAACCACUGAUGUCCUAAUCACUGCCGAUCAGCCACCAGCUAGAUAUUACAUUGCAGCACGUGCCUACGCCAGCGCUCAAGGCGCACCAUUUGACAAUACAACCACCACAGCCAUCCUUGAAUACAAGACUGCCCCUUGCCCAGCCAAGGGUGCUUCAAUCAAACCCGUUUCCCCAUCUUUACCUGCAUAUAAUGACACAGCCACUGCCACAGCCUUCACUACCACCCUUAGAAGUCCCCGAAAAGUUUCAGUCCCUACUGAUAUCGAUGAAAACCUCCUAUUCACAGUUGGUCUAGGACUCAACAGUUGUCCAAAGGGUGCCAGGGCACGCAACUGCCAGGGUCCAAAUGGAACCCGCUUCACUGCAAGCAUGAACAACGUAUCUUUUGUGCUCCCUUCCAGCGUAUCUUUACUGCAAGCACAUCAGCAAGGUAUUCCAGGAGUCUUCACCACCAACUUUCCACCAAAUCCACCAGUAAAAUUUGAUUACACUGGAAACGUGAGCCGAGCACUCUGGCAACCUAUUCCGGGAACUGAAGUGUACAAGUUGAAGUAUGGGUCAAGGGUGCAGCUGGUGCUACAGGGAACGAGCAUAUUCACAGCAGAGAACCAUCCAAUUCAUCUUCAUGGAUAUGAUUUCUACAUCGUUGCUGAGGGCUUCGGAAACUUCAAUCCCAAAACCGAUACAGCUAAGUUUAACCUUGUUGAUCCACCUAUGAGGAAUACAGCUAGUGUACCCGUCAAAGGAUGGGCAGCCAUUAGAUUUGUUGCUGAUAAUCCAGGACUUUGGAUCAUGCAUUGUCACUUGGAUGUUCACCUCACCUGGGGCUUGGCCAUGGCUUUCAUCGUGGAAAAUGGAGUUGGGGAAUUGCAGUCACUAGAGCCUCCUCCAAAUGAUCUGCCUCUCUGUUAAUAUCAUGGACAGAAGCAAAGCCACAAAUUAAAUUUAGUGUGCCCUGUAACAAGGGUAGUCACUUUUUUCUGAUUCUAGUACACGAGUUCAGUGUUGUUUUCCCCGCAUUGGGGCCAGUUCUUUGUUCUUAAUUUUUAUUUUUAUUUUUCCUUUCAUUGUUCUUUUUUUAUAGAUAAAGAGUCAAGAGAUGGUAACAUGAUUGCAAAACCAAGAACCAUCUAUUUAGAAUCAGACCCAACUUGUUACUUGAUUAUAGAUUCUAUUGUUUCUGGAGCCGAUUAUAGAAAAUCUUUUUGUUUCUGAACAA